AUGGUGCCGCUGUCUUCUUUUCUGCUAGUUGCUUUGGCCAGUGCCAAAUGCUUCGAACCUACCAUCGCGCAUCCGCCGCCUCGGUACAAUGUUGACGAUCCUCUACCUCAAGACGCGUUCGAGUCUAUCGCCACGGCACUCACAGCAGCCGUCGCAGCGCCGGAGUUCGACCGAACCUCCUUCUCUGUAGAGAUAACCUCGUCGAAAGACACGUUAUGGUCGCAUCAUCAUACGGCACGCGAACGUAAUGCCUCGCGCCCAGAUAUCCCCGAAGUCAACGGCGACGCGCUGUACCGCAUCGCUAGCAUCACCAAGACCUUCACCGUACUCGGUAUACUGUAUCAGCAUGCAGCAGGCAACUUGAGCUUGGAUGCUACAGUGAAUACAUACCUCAAUGAAUUAGGAGAAAAGUCGAACGGCGGCAUUCCAUGGAAAGACAUUACAUUGCGCAGUCUGGCUAGCCAGCUGAGCGGCCUUCCCCGCGAAUGGGCUCAAGGUGAUCUCAUCAAUAACAACUAUCCUGAGUUGGAUCCAAGCUCCCUGGGUCUGCCUCCUGAUGUGUCACGGGAAGGGUUGCCCAACUGUGACGAGUACUCACCAAAUUAUGAGACACCCUGCACAGCGAAAGAUAUGUUUCGACAGCUCAAAAAGUUCGCACCGUUAUUCGCGCCAAACCAAGAAUCGUCUUAUUCCAAUGUCGCGUUCGAACUGCUUGGUCUCGUUCUCUCGCGGGUGACAAACCAGACCUACGAGACCUACAUCGAUGAAGCCAUCUUCAAGCCCUUGAACAUGUCUACCAGCACUCUCUCCAAGCCUGCUGAUUCUGCUGGCGUCAUUCCAGCUGGUCCACAAUUCUGGGGUGUGGACGAAGGCAUCCAAAAUCCUACCGGUGGCAUCUACAGUUCGUCGAGCGACCUGUCGAAAUACCUCCGCUACGUCCUAACCCACUACAACGCCAUCACCCACGCGAUCAAUUGGCUACAUCCCGUCUCUUCGUCUCGCGGAUUGAACUCCUUCUAUGGCAUGCCGUGGGAGAUCUACCAAACAGACCGCAUAUUUGAGCAGUCGAAACGUACUGUACGCUUUGUCACUAAGAGUGGAGGGUUGCCGGGCUAUACCUCCAUCAUCAUGACAGUGCCUGAGUACGACUUGGGGAUCACUAUUCUAGUCGCGGGCCCUAACGCGAUCUUGUCUAAGAUCAUGGACAUUGUUCCCGUAAAGAUAGUGCAAACAGCCGAAAAGCUUGCCAUACAGCAAAUGCGUAAUCGCUAUGCGGGCACCUACAGCACUUCAGAUCCAGAAGUGAACUCUACAGCCACAUUGAAAGCUGAUUACCGCGGUCUUGUUGUUACAACCUUUGUUUCUAACGGGACGGUUGUCUUCGAAGCCCCGAUCACGAAAGACGUGACGAAUUCGCCCCGUUAUGCGCAGCUUAGCCCAACGCUUCUCUAUCGCAACGAGGAAGAACAGAAGGGGGAGGAGUGGCGUGCAUUGAUCUUCGAGGAGCGCGCAGAAGGCCUGGGCUCUAUUUGGGACGACUUCUGCGUGGAGGACUGGGAAAUGUCCAGUUACGCCGGCAUACCUUUGAACACAGCGGUGUUCUGGGACGAGCAAAAAGACGGUCAUUUCGAAACACUAGAGCUACCGGCUUUCCGCGUGAAUCUCACAAGAGUGGAUCAGAAGAGGGGGUCGAAUAGGAAGUAUGGUCAACAAGAAACGAUGGAGCUCUAA